CAAGUGGAGAAGAAGAAACAACAGCUCUUAGCCUCAAAGCACCAAAGGCCUCGACUUACUUGACUUAUUCUUUCCGCUUGAAGAGAAAGGCAACAUUUCUACAGGAGAACCAUGAAGACCUUCGCCAUCCUCACCAUCUGCGCCGUGCUGUCCGUCAGCUGGUCAUACCAAUACCAAGACAUGGCUGCAGAGCCCAUCGUGGAGGCUUCCUCUGACCCCGGCGCAGCUGCUGCACCUGACUCUUCGUCCUCGUCCUCCCAAUCCGAUUCGUCUUCCUCUUCAGCCUCCGACUCUUCUGCCUCCGAUUCUUCUGCCUCCGAUUCGGCGUCUUCCUCCAUGUCUGAUUCUUCCUCUUCCUCAGCCUCGGACUCCUCUGCUUCCGAUUCGUCCGCUUCAGACUCGUCUGCAUCGGAUUCCUCCGCGUCGGAUUCUUCUGCCUCCGAUUCCUCUGCCUCCGACUCCUCGGCUUCCUCCUCAUCCUCAUCUUCAUCCGAGUCCUCUGAGGAAGCAGCCGCCGCCACAGACGCCGCAGCAGACGCACCAGUGGACCCAGCGGCCCCUGAGCACGUGAUGGUCAAGAGGGACACGGCGGUGGCCAUGCUCAGGAGACACCGUAGAGCCGGCGCAACGCCCGCCGCCGACCUCUCCCCUCUGCAGCUCGAGAGCUUGUGGGAGGUGUGCGAGGUCAACUUGGCAUGCGAGCACAUGGCCGAUACGGCCGGCAUCGUGGCUGCCUACACCGCCUACUACGGUGCUGUGCCGUACUAAACCACAACCCUCAAGACCAGCGGCACGCCUCUGGAAUCUGCCUAACCAACAACAUCAUCCCCCUUUUCCUAUGAAAGAAUGAGAGAAGAGUGUGCGAGAGACAGAGAAAAAAAAAGAGAGACAGUGUUAUAUUGACUUGACAAACAGGACGACCACUCCCCCCCACCCCCCCACCCCCCCCCCUGGCUUGGCAAGUGGCAUAAAAGCACAAGUGGUUCAAAUCGUCUCCGUGGUUUCCGUGGUGGUCCUCCAAGGCGAUUGAGUGAUUUUUCUACAAGCCACAAAUGAAGCCAGCUCUUCUUUCUUCAAGGGGGCGGUGGAUGCUGUCAGUGUAACUUACUGUAACAUACUGUACAGAGUAUAUAGAUGCUGUCAGUGUAACUUACUGUAACAUACUGUACAGAGUAUAUAGUGUUCUAACUAUGCCAGUAGUAGCAUCACUGCCCAGGGUUGCCAGAUGAGGCUGAUGAUUUCCAGCCC